AUGAAGUUCAAUAGGGGUCGUCGCCGCCACCGCCGUGAUCUGCAGAAAGCAGCCGGUAUUGGGGACGGACUAAGCAAACUGCCCAAUGACUGCCUAGGCGAACUGCCAAAUGACGUGUUGCUCAACAUUCUGGAGAGGGUGGGUACACUUGAUGCUGUAAGGACCUGCAUACUCUCGAAGCAAAUGAGGAAGCUGCCCGCUAUGCUCUCGCAGAUCGUCAUAGUUGAUCACGAUUUGGUUCGGAUGAAUAGUGUUUUGGCUGAAGUGAUAGACAAGAUCCUUAGCACAAGGUCUCCACUGAUCACAUUUAGCAAGCUGAAGGUCAGAUUCGUCUUGACUCCUAAUGAUUGUCGCUCCAUUGGCAAAUCUGUUAGCCUUGCAAUGGCCACACAGAUACUUGAUAAUGCUGAGUUUGAAAUAGUGACGCCCAAGAAUUCUUUUUAUUGCACCCAUGCCGAUCUCGUGAACUUUGGCAAGCAGUUCAGUAUGUUCGUUGCUGAUUGUCAAGAUGCAUUUGCUGGUCUCACGCGACUGCAACUGCAGAAUCUGAGGUUUGGUGAAUCAGACAUACCCAUUAUCCUUAGCACUUGCAAGCGGCUGGAGUCAUUGUCUUUCUUUGAGUGUGACGCUGGGAUUCGGUCGGUGCUGCAUGUUGAACAUGCUCGACUCGUUGAGAUUGAUAUUACCUAUGGGGAAUUCAAAACCGUGGAGCUCGACUGUCCAAAGCUCCAACAAAUGACCUAUGAUAAUUGGCCCUGUGAUGAAAAUCCCUUGGUUCUUGGUUUUGUCCCUCAGCUUUCAAAGCUAAGCCUUGCUAAUGAAGGUCUUUCAGACAAGACCUUCAUGAUAAGCCAGCUGCUUGCUAAUGUCUCAGCUGUAAGCGAUCUGUAUCUUGAUUUUCGAAGUGAAAAGAUUUGGAUUCGACCAGAAUGCCCUAGAGUGCUUGCUCCUGUGCUCGGCCAACUAAGGUUUGUGAAUCUGGACAGUCUUCCUGAAGAAUGUGAUAUUGUUUGGACAAUGUUCCUUCUUGAAGCUGCACCAUCCGUAGAGGACCUUUGCAUCUCUGUCCGGGAUCAUAAGUGUGGAAUUGAGUCACAUAAGAGUCGCUCCAAGAAAACGGAUGUGAAGUGGGAGCAAAGUCGUCCUAAUUUCAAGCACAAGAAUCUUGGCAAGCUGACCAUCUAUGGCUUCCAGUCCGACAGCUACUUCAUGGGAUACAUCAGGCAUGUCAUGGAAGCUGCAGUGAACAUCAAGGAGGUGUCUCUACAUGACAGGAAGGUGUGCAAGCCCUGCGCUGACAUGUUUCCUCACAUCGAGGUUCGUCCUUCUACGUAUCCACAAAGUUGCGAGGAAAAGGCUUUAUUGAGGAACAAGAUCACUGAGGCAUCGGUGAUGAUGGCUUCCCCUGUUGUGAUUCACUUCCGGACAUAG